UUUCCCAGAGAGGAAGAGAAGGGGCUGGCGUGAGGCUGUGGCAGACGCUGGUCCCUGGAGGGCUCCGCCGGGGAGGCUCCCUUUCCUGUGGAAGAGAGGAGCCUUUGUCUCGCCCUUCGCCCUGAAGACUGGUCUUUAAGACACACCCUGGUAAGAAAUUCUUUGUCUUGAGAGAGAAGAGAAAGGAGUCAUUUUGACCCCCUUCCCCCUUGCAGAGUGUGUGGCAUCUAGAUACAAAAUGGAUGAGCAGAACUCUGCCAGCCCUGAGAGAGGAGGAGACCCUGAAGUAGUCAAGAGUGAAAGAAAUGAGGAAAUCUGGGAAGGAACACUGCAGGAAAUCUUUGGGGAAGACCCUCUCAGCAAUGAUGCACAGCGCCAGCGCUUUAAGCAAUUCUGUAACCUGGAGUCCCAGGGACCCCGAGAGGUUUGCAGCCAGAUCCAUAAUCUCUGCUGUCAGUGGCUGAAGCCAGAGUCACACUCCAAGGUUCAGAUCCUGGACCUUGUAGUACUGGAGCACUUCUUGGCUGUCCUGCCCCCAGAGAUGGAGAGCUGGGUGAGAGAGUGUGGACCAAAGACCUGUUCCCAAGCAGUGGCCUUGGCAGAGGACUUUCUCCUAAGUCAGGCAGAGGAGAAGAAGCAGGAAGACGAGCAGGUAAAAAAUCUGCCUAUCAGUGUUCAGUCUCUGCUAGAGAAGAAAGCCAGGCAGAGCCCUCAGCAAAGAGAGAUAAAGGAGGAGAGUGACAGAGGUAUUAUCUUGCCAGAGACUGGAAUGAUGGUGGCGGCAAGUACUCAGUCAUCUUCAAUACAUUUUGAUGGAGUGGAAGCAGAUCAGGGUCUGGUGAAGUUUGAGGAGGUGGAUUUCUCUCACGACGAGUGGGCAUUACUGGAUGCACGCCAGAGAGCUAUGCACAGGAAAGUCAUGGAGGAGAACCAGGGGACUGUGACAUCUCUUGUUCCAGAGACAACCCCUGCUCAAGAGGACCAGAGGGAAGAACUGUGGGUACCAGAUUCAGAGGAUUUGGGUGUGGCAAAAAUCUUGGAUACUGGAUCAAGUGAUUCAUCAAUUUCAGUUCCAGGGACAAACCCUGAUCAAGAGGAACAGAGGGAAGAAUUGUGGAUGUCAGAUUCAGAGGACGUGGGUGUGGCAGAAAUCUUGGAUACUGAAUCAGUUCCAGAGACAAGCCCAGAUCAAGAAGAACAGAGGGAAGAACUGUGGGUGCCAGAUUCACAGGCCUUGGCGGUGGCAGAAAUCUUGGAUGCUGGAUCAGCAGAUGACUGGAGGAAAAUGGAUAUAGGUGACAAAUGUGUAAACAAAUUUGAUCUUGUGAGACACCAGCAAACCGACACAGAAGAAGAAGGUUACAAUAAAUGCACUAGAUGUGGAAAAUGUUUUCCCCAAAAGAUGGACCUUAUACUUCAUAAACAGGCCCCUGCUGGAGCGGAAUGCACGGAAUAUUUUGAUCACAAAUUGCACUUUGCAAAAAACCAGAGUCUCCAUCUAGAAGAGAAACCAUACAAGGCAGACCUAUCAGGGCAGCAGAGACUCCACAAGGGAGAGAAACCAUACAAAUGCCAGGAAUGUAGCAAAUGUUUUGCUCACAGCUCAAACCUUUUGAAUCAUCUGAUAGUUCACACUGGGGAGAAACCAUACAAAUGCCAGGAGUGUGGGAAAUGUUUUGUUUAUAAGUCAGGCUUCAUGAGACAUCAGAGAAGCCAUACAGGAGAGAGACCUUACAAAUGUCAGGAAUGUGGGAAAUGUUUUGCUCACUCAUCCAUCCUUCUGAUUCAUCAGAAAAUUCACACAGGAGAAAGACCAUACAGAUGCCAGAAGUGUGGAAAAAGUUUUGUUCAGGAGUCAGGCUUUAUAAAACAUGAGAGAGUCCACACAGGAGAGAAACCAUACCCAUGCCAAGAGUGUGGGAAAUGUUUUGCUCACUCAUCAGCCCUUCUGACCCAUCAAAGAGUCCACACAGGAGAAAAACCAUACAAAUGUCAGGAAUGUGGGAAAUGUUUUGCUCGCAAGUCAGACCUUGUAACUCAUGAAAGAACCCACACAGGAGAGAAACCAUACAAAUGCCAGGAAUGUGGGAAAUGUUUUGCUCAGAAUUCAACCCUUCAUGUCCACGAGAGAAGCCACUCGGGAGAAAAACCACACAAAUGCCAGGAAUGCGGAAAAUAUUUUACUCAUAAUUCAACCCUUCUAGUCCACAUGAGAACCCACACGAGAGAGAAGCCAUUCAAAUGUCAGGAGUGUGGAAAAUGUUUCACUGGAAAGGCAAACCUUGUGGGCCAUCAGAAACUCCAUACUGCAGAGAAACCAUAUAAAUGCCAGGAAUGUAGUAAAUGUUUUAUUCGCAGUACAGACCUUUUGACUCAUCAGGUAGUUCACACUGGUGAGAAACUAUACACAUGCCAGGAGUGUGGGAAAAAUUUUAAUCGGAAUUCAAGUCUUCUCAUCCACCAGGCAGUCCACUCAACCGAGAACUCGUACAGAUGCCAAGAGUGUGGCAAAAAUUUUGCUUGCAAGAGAGUUCUUGUGAAUCACCAGAGAAUCCACAAAAAAGAAAAAAUGUACAAGUGCCAGGAGUGUGGGAAAAGUUUUGUUCAGAAAUCAGGCCUUGUAAAUCACCAGAAAAUCCACACAGGAGAGAAACCAUUCACUUGCCAAGAAUGCGGAAAAAGUUUUGUUCAUAGGUCAAGUUUUGUGAAGCAUGAAAGACUCCACACAGGAGAGAAGCCAUACAUAUGCCAGGAGUGUGGGAAAUGUUUUGCUCACUCCUCAGCCCUUCUGACUCAUCAGAGAGUCCACACGGGAGAGAAACCAUACAAAUGUCAGGAGUGUGGGAAAUGUUUUGCUUACAAGUCAGACCUCGUGAGUCAUCAGAGAGUCCACACAGGAGAGAAACCAUUCAAAUGCCAGGAGUGUGGGGAAUGCUUUGCUCGGAAAACACUGCUUAACAGACAUGAGAGAGUGCAUAACAGUAACCCUGGCCUUGGCCAGUAUGGAACAGUUUUGAUUACUGCUCAGCUAUGGGAGUCUGCCAGCAAAUCCACGCAGGAGGAAAGCCAUACAGAUAUGGAUAGUGUGGUAAAUACUAUGUUCACACAUGAAAUAAUGAUCUAUAUGGAUCCAGCUCGCUGUCAUUUAUUUAUUCAAGAGGUUUUCCUCAGGAUGAAAAUGGAAGAGCAAAGCCCAGCAACCCCAGGGCAAAGAGAGGCAUUGGACAUCAGAGGAAAAGCCCCUCAUGGCUUCUACAGUGCUGUCAGUCAUAAGCCAAGACUGAAUUCUGAGGGAGGGAAGAGACCCUUGAAAUAUUCCCAGCAUUCUGGGAAUACUGGCAGAUUCCACAAGUCAAUUCCACAUCCCAUGAAGGAGGAAUCAGAAGACAGUUUGGCACAUUGCUGGGACGCUCAAUGGCCGGAGUUCCUCAAGACGGAAGAAUCACCUCAAUCCAGCUGGGGGAUCCCACAGUCGCCAGAGGAGCCCACACCAUGGGACAAUGCUCAAGCAUUCCUGGUUUCCUUCGAGCAAGUGGCUGAAGCCUGUCGGUGGCCCGAGGAAGAGUGGGUGACCCAACUCCUGCCAGCCCUCAGAGGAGAAGCCAAGUUGGUCUUUGAGAGGAUGGUGGCUGGAGACAGAGGAGAUUACGGGAAGGUGAAAGUGGCCAUCUUGCAAGGGGACACCCUGAGACGGGAGAGGCAGCGUCAACACUUCCGGCAUUUUUGCUACCAGGAGGCCGAGGGGCCUAGAGGGGCUUACAACCAGUUGCAGGAACUUUGCCAGGGGUGGCUGAAAGCUGAGAGGUACACCAAGGAACAAAUCCUGGAGCUACUGAUCUUGGAGCAAUUCCUGGACAUCCUACCACCUGAAGUCCAAAGCUGGGUCCGGGAAUAUAGUCCGGAGACCUGCUCCGAGGCAGUAGGCCUGGCAGAGGAUUUUCUGCAGAGGCAGAAAGAGUUCAAUGACUGUCACGAAUGCCAGGUGGUGUUUGAGGAAGAGGAGGUGGCAGCUGGUCCUUUUGAGAUGGCACCGGCACCCCCUGAGAGCCAGCAGAGACAGUUGUGUAUAGAAACCAAGCAGGAAAAGGACAAAGUAGAGGCCAAUCCCUUGGCAGGUGAUGCAUGGGAGAGUGAGGAGGAGAGGGAACUCCCUGGGAUGAUAUCAGAAACAGACAAGUACAAGGUGUUUAAAGAGAGUGCCAGCAAUGAAAAUGCAUUAAAGAGGCAAGCGGGAACCCAGCUUGAAAAAGGGAGUGAUAAUGACAUUCCUUGUCCAGAUGGAGACUACUAUGAAAUUAACAUACAAGAAGAAGAACAAGGAGAAAAGAGAAGGAACAAGUGUCUCAGUGGACGUUGGAGAAUUCCCAUGGGGGUGAAACCCAGCAAAAGUUUGAUGUUUGAGCAGAGCUUGAGUCAGCACAGAAGCAUGACUGAAUAUCAAGCACUGCAGUUGGGGGUGAAGCCAUAUAAAUGCUUGGAAUGUGGGAAGAGUUUCAGUCAAAGCACACACCUUACUUCCCACCAGAGAAUACAUACAGGGGAGAGACCGUACAGUUGCCCAAACUGCAGCAAGAGCUUCAAUCAAAGCACCAGCCUUAUUCAACACCAGAGAAUUCACACAGGGGAGAAACCAUAUAAAUGCUCAGAAUGUGGCAAGAGCUUUCGUCAUAGUACAAGCUUCACAUCGCAUCAAAGAAUCCACACAGGGGAGAAACCAUAUAAGUGUUCGGAUUGUGGGAAAGGCUUCUGUAAUCAGUCUGGUCUUAUAAACCAUAAGACAAUUCACACGGGGGAGAGGCCGUAUAAAUGCUUGGAGUGUGGAAAGAGCUUCAGCCAAAGUACGCACCUUACUUCACAUCAAAGAAUCCACACAGGGGAGAGACCGUAUAAAUGUUCAAAUUGUAAUAAGACCUUUUGUGACCAGUCUGGUCUUGUUAAACAUCAAAGAAUACACACAGGGCAGAAACCAUAUAAAUGUCUGACUUGCGGAAAGAGCUUCAGUCAGAGCACAAACCUUAUUAGACAUCAGAGAAUUCAUGCAGGAGGUGCAGCACCCGUUUUAGGUUCCCGUAUUCUUAAGGCAACAGAUGAUGUCCUGAUCCAUGUGCCAUCUGUUCCCAAAGCGUAGAAAGAAGAUUGAUUAAGCAGGGUCUUUGCAGUAGUUACUCUUUUAGGGACUCAUUUGUGAAUCAUUUGUGGUUUUAACUGGAUGUUUUGGUAAAUUGUGUUUAAUUAUUUUAUGGACAUGUGAAGAGCAGGGAUGGCCCUUUCAGAUGUUUUUGGAUUAGAACUUUCAUCAUUCCUCUCUAUUAUCUAUGCCCAUUAGGGAUUAUGAGAGUUGGAGUACAUCAGCAUCUGGAGUCCACACUCUGCUAGCCCAUGGCCUAGACUGAAGAUCACUUUGGAUUGGACAUUAAACUCAUAUAAGAUUAUACAAGUAGCUAGAAUCAGAGUUGGAAGAGACCACAAAGACCAUCCAAUCCAGCCCUCUGCUAUUCAGGAGUAGAGAGUCAAAGCACUCCCAACUAAUGGCCAUCCAGCCUCUGUUUAAAAACCUCCGCAAAAGGAGACCCUACCACUCUCUGUGAUAGCCACUGUGGCAGUAUGUUCCACUCUCAAACAGCUCUUACCGUCAGGAAAUUCUUCCUAAUGUUGAAAUAGAAUAUCUUUUCCUGUAUCUUAAAUCUACUACUCUGUGACGUAGUCUCUGGAGCACCAGAAAACAAGCUUGCUCCAUCUUCAAUAUGACAUCCCUUCAAAUAUUUAAGCAUGCCUAUCAUGUCACACCUUAACCUUCUCUUCUCCAGGCCAAUCAUACCCAGCUCCCUAAACCACUUUUCAUAGGACAUGGUUUCCAGACCUUUCAACCUUUUGGUGUCCUGUACAUGCUCCAGCUUGUCCACAUCCUUCUUGAAUUGUACACAAAGUUCCAGUCAAGGUCUAACAAAAGCAGAAUAGAGUGGCACUAUUACUUCCCUUGAUCUAGAUACUAUAUUUUUAUCAAUGCAGCCUAAAGUUGCAUUGGCCUUUU